UAGGCUACCAUCAUGUCAUCAUACCCUCUCGGCAUCAUAUCAGCUAAAAGCUUGGUGAUCGAUCUCGAAUACAUAGCUACAGGUCCACCUAAUAACUGUCAGAAUGGCAUUUUAUCAACAGCCGUUUUACAACCCGAAAACUCCAUUCAAAGGUUCGAUUCAUGAAGGCUUACAGGAUGGGAAGAGUAUUAUCAUAAGUGGGCGGGUUUUGCCACAUGCUCAAAGAUUCGAUGUGAACCUCCAGUGUGGUUCUCAUUCCCAGGCAGACAUUGCUCUGCAUUUUAACCCCCGUUAUGACAGUGGUUCUGGGUAUGUAGUGCACAACACCUUCCAGAAAGGUAACUGGUGUUCAGAGGAACGCAAGUAUGAAAUGCCCUUCCCCUCAGGCCACCCGUUUACCCUCCAGAUCCUUGUCACCCAGGACACAUACAAGAUAAGCACUAAUGGGAGACACUUCACGGACUUCAGACACCGUUUUGCAUUCACUCAGGUUGACACUAUCUCAGUGAACGGGAUGGUGGAGCUGAACUCCAUUGGCUUCCAGAAUCCUGCUCCCUUCUUACCUCCACAAACAGGUUUUCUGCCUCAGUUUGCCACACCUGGAUAUGGGUAUCCUGCAUAUCCACCUGCAGUCUCCUAUACUGUCCCAUACAAAACGGUAAUCAACGGUGGAUUAUACCCUGGCAAAAACAUUCUCAUCCAAGGAAUUAUCAACCCUAAUGCUAACAGAAUAGCGUUUAACCUGCGCCACAGAAGCGGCAUUGCAUUUCACUACAAUCCUCGUUUUGAUGAGAACUUGGUUGUGCGCAACUCCCAUCACAUGGAGAACUGGGCUGCAGAGGAACGGUUUGGAGGCAUGCCAUUUCAAAAAGGACAACCUUUUCAGGUCACCAUCUCUUGCAAUCCCCAUCAUUACAAUGUGUUUGUUGGUGGCCAGCAAGCACACACCUUCAACCACCGUUUCACGACACUGAACGAAAUCGACAUUUUGGAGGUUUCUGGGGAUCUACAGUUGACUUUAGUGCAGGCCUAAGGAUUUAAUAUCUGAUACUGUAAAUCACCAUACAAAUAUAUAACUGAAGAAGAGUCAAGAUAGAAUUUUUGCAGUAAAAUGCCCAAAAAAUGUGAACUACUAUAGACUUUGUGUAAUAUGCCACCAUGUUACUAUAUUAUAUAGUUGCAUGUCCUCUCAUUGUGUAUGAAAAUGUGUGCUUCAACGUGUAUGAAAUAGCUUACAUGUACCUUUAUAUUAUCAAAAUGUUUACUCCUGCCAACAGCCUCAGAAUGGCAGUAAAGAUUCAUUCAGCUGCAUCCAUGUGCCCUUUUACUGUGAACUUUAAUAUCAUCUAUAAAAAUAAAAAGUUAUUUUAGACAAAUUGCUGCUAUAGCUUUCUUAUUGCAUGCUAGGGUAACAAUGUGUUGGAUAUUAAAUCUUUAAACCAAGAAGGAGACAUUUCAUCAAAUACGUUGUAAUUCAACAUUCAUAACCUUGAAUGUGUAAAGACAUUUUAAAAAAAGGAUCAUGAAAAACUAAACUGUAUUCUCACUGAAUUUGACUGAUAGACAAUGUUUGUUUGCAUUUUAGGAAAGAGGCUAAUUUAUAAGUUUUUGACAUACUUUCAUUUUCUUGUAGAUUUGGAAGAUUUGUGUAUGAAUCCUGUAAAUUUCAAUGUGAAACACCCAUGGGAUCAUAUGUAAAAUAUCAUGUUAUCCACGUGAGGACACAUGCUCAUGUGAAAUUCAUGUUUUUUUUUUUCUGUAAGGGUGGUACAUUUCAAUACUGUAAAUAACAAAGACAUCAUUUUGAUAACUAACAUUUCAGACACAUCAUUUUGUGAAACCAUUUUCGAAAGUUUUUUGGAGUUGAGGUGUACAGCUCAUUCCAUAAGAGAGAAACAGAACGGCUGAAGAUUUUGAAGACAGAUAUUAGUAUUAUCUGUGCAAGAGAAACAAUGAAUGGUUUACUAAUCUUGCAUUACAAGCAUCCACUUCCGAGCAUUUUUGUGGAUGCUUCUAUUCCUGUGAAUUAUUCGGUCACACUUUAUUUUAA